CCUCCAAUGUCGUCAUCGUAAACCCCCAAAACCUCUUUUUAGAUAGUGGCAAUUUGGUCAAUCCACUUAAACCUCUCUUUUCCCCUUCACCCACUUGCCAAAAAAACCGUUCUAUUUCCAUCUCCUCCGCUUUCACCGGCAGCCGCCAUUUUCACACCCCCGAUCCAAAUCCUCCAACCUGCUUCUCUCUCAUGGCGGCUGCUAGUCACCAAAACGACGUCGUUGCUAAAGACGAUCGCAUCGCCCGAAUCACUUCCGCUAUUCGCGUCAUUCCAGACUUCCCCAAACCAGGGAUUUUGUUUCAGGAUAUAACAACUUUGUUGCUUGAUCCGGUUGCGUUUAAGGAUACAAUUGAUCUGUUUGUUGAGAGAUACAAAGAUAAAAAUAUCUCCGUUGUUGCUGGUGUUGAAGCAAGAGGUUUCAUAUUUGGUCCCCCAAUUGCGUUGGCUAUUGGUGCAAAGUUUGUUCCUAUGCGAAAACCAAACAAGCUUCCUGGACCUGUUAUAUCAGAAGAGUAUUCGUUGGAGUAUGGCACAGACAAAAUUGAGAUGCAUGUUGGAGCUGUACAAGAAGGAGAACGUGCUCUUGUAAUAGAUGAUUUAAUUGCAACUGGUGGAACUUUGUGUGCCGCUAUCAGUCUACUUGAGCGGGUUGGAGUGAAAGUUGUCGAGUGUGCUUGCGUUAUUGAAUUGCCUGAUCUUAAGGGCCGGGACCGAUUAGGAGACAAGCCACUGUUUGUGCUCGUAAGUUGAAUGUGACGGUCAUUAUUUCUUAAAAGCGUUGAUUGCUGUUACUGGUUAUAGGUUCUAAUUAAACCAGUAUUCAAAUUUGUACUCUUAUGAUUCCAAGACUCACGUGGAAUUUGCCAUCUUUGAUUAAUGAGUGUUAUUCGGCUUUAUUAAACUUAAAUAAAACCCUCAUUUAGACU